CUCUCAGAGUGGAGGCGGCGCCAGGAGGAGGAGGCAGGGUUGCUGGAGGCAGGGGAGGAGGCCCGGCGCCGGGCGGCCCGCGAGGCUGAGACCCUGACCCAGCGCCUGGCAGAAAAGACAGAGGUAGUGGAGCGGCUGGAGCGGGGCCGCCGCCUGCUGCAGCAGGAGCUGGAUGACGCCACCGUGGACCUGGAGCAGCAACGGCAGCUCGUGAGCACGCUGGAGAAGAAGCAGCGCAAGUUCGACCAGCUCCUGGCAGAGGAGAAGGCAGCUGUACUGCGAGCGGUGGAAGAACGUGAGCGGGUCGAGGCAGAGGGCCGAGAGCGUGAGGCCCGGGCCCUGUCCCUGACACGGGCACUGGAAGAGGAGCAGGAGGCACGUGAGGAGCUGGAGCGCCAGAACCGGGCAUUGCGGGCCGAGCUGGAGGCGCUGCUGAGCAGCAAGGAUGAUGUCGGCAAGAGC